AUGAGCCAAAUUCCAUCCAGUUCAUCCCGAAGUCGAGUGAUGCAGUCCACGACAGUGGCGAGUAAUUUCGCUAUAUGGGGGAGAUGGUCUGCGUACGAUCAAGGCUUCUGGCAGCAUCUUAUCGACCACAAAAUCUAUCCUGAGGGGUGUGGGCCUCCAAAUGGUCUGCCCACUUUCGAACCUAGCGAUCUUGACAGCAUCAGAGAAGCCUUAUCUGCUGACAGAGCUUCUUUGUCUCCAUGCCAAUUCACGCAGUCUCAAUUUCAGGACUUCGAACGCAAGAACAACCGAGCGACUUUCAAAAACGACAUUAUGACCACUAUCAUCCCCAUUCUUUGCGGUGAUUCUAGCAUACACAGUCAACAAAACGUACUAUUUACAGAAUUAGAGCCUAUAACGACUGCCGGUGCCGUAACGCCUAAGCCUGAUUUUUUUGAUGGCGCAUCCCUCGUCGACAUUAACCACAACAUUAGGAACGAUCAAACAUUCCAGUCCAAGGUCAUUCCUUCAAAGCAUGCUAAUGUCCCAGUGGCUGUGAAUUUCUUCUUUAUCGGAGAAACUGGAGGGGAUAGUUCCGUGGCACUGAGGCAAGCAUGUUAUAAUGGAGCAUACGGUGCUCGAGCCAUGCAUGCUUUGCAAAAUUAUGGAAAAGUUGAGCCGGCAUAUGACGGCAGUGCCUACACGUUUACCUCAAUAUAUGAAGCUCCCUCUAGCACGCUUCAGCUAUACGCCCACCAUAUUGUCGCUCCCGCUAACGCUGGGGGACCGCCAGAGUACUACAUGACUAAAAUACGUGGCUUCUAUUUGAAGGAUAGUUAUGCUUCUUUCGUCGAAGGCGUUAAGGUUUUCCGGAAUGCGAGACAACUGGCUAAAGAGCACCGUGAUCGGUUCAUCCAGGCUGCAAAUAUGAACACUCUUGAAGCUCAAAACCAAACAAACGCCGAAGAACAUGAAUCAAUGUCACAACAGGAUGCCGAUGACGCACUUCAGGGAGGGGUAGCGAGGACAGGCACAAUUAAUUCCGAGCCUGGUUCUAAUGCCUCCCCGCUACAGUUGCCUGCAGACGAUGAUUCACAAGAUCUGUCGACGGUACUUGGGUCCAAGCGUGCCAGGCAAAUCAGCUCACCGGAUAACUCCUGGGGGCGUCGGUCCUCCAAGAGCCGUACGCGGGAUCGUAUCAAUCAGCGACCAUAUGGAGACUCCCCUGAAGUAUCUCUUCCGUCGUUGCAACCUCCUGAGCUGCCAGCAAGUCAAAAAGGGCCGGGAAGAAAUUCACAGGCUACCAAGGAAGGAAGAGGUGUCGGCGACCUCGCUUGA